AUGGUGCAAGUCAAUCACCAGCAUGCUCCUUAUCCAUGGCAAGUUCCGGAUGCUUUCUCUUUUCAGGUUGGCAGCAUGCAAAAAUUUGAUCAAACUAUGCCAUUGCUCAAAGGAAACAUAGAUGAGAGGUUGAACAAUUUUCAGGGAAACAGCCGAUGGACGAAUGUUCUUGGCACAGAGAAAAGGGAACCUGUGUGGCAGCGGAUAAAAUGGACAGAAGAAAUGGUUAAACUUUUGAUCACUGCUGUUUCUUACGUUGAUGAAGAUGCAUUAUCAACUGUUAAUAACAGUGAAAGAAGGAAACACUUUAUUCCUCUAGUAAAAGGUAAGUGGAGGGCUAUUUCGAACACCAUGGUUGAAAGAGGUUAUAUUGUGUCACCUCAACAGUGCGAGGAUAAAUUCAAUAUUCUGAACAAGAAGUACAAGAGACUUGAUGAAAUGCUAGGAAGAAAAAAUGCUUCUGAGGUUGUUGAAAACCCUGUUGUUAUGGAAAGGAUGAACAUAUCUGUUGAAAUGAAAGAAAACGUUAAGAAGAUUUUAACUUGUAAGCAAUUAUUUUAUCAAGAAAUGCACUCAUAUCAUUGUAGGAAUAGAAUUUUUCUCCUUCAUGAUGAGGCUCUUCAAAAUUCAUUGCGUUUUGCUCUGAAAGUCAUGCACGAGUCUAAAGAUGUGAUUCAGGCGGAUGCAAAGAGACAGAAAAUACAAAAAGAUCAUAGUGUUGUAUACAUUGACGGUCCCAAAAAUUAUGUAGAUUGCACGGGAUCAGAUCCUCGAUCACCUAAGGACCUUGUCAAUGCAAAUUUUGUUCUCCCCAAGGGUGUGGAGGGAGAACAGGAGCAGGAUCAGAGGCUCGUCUCUUGUUCACUGCAGUUGAAAAAGAAGAUGCUGCAAAUACGGAGACAGAUGCUUGAACUGGAGAAGAAGAAGUUCGAGUGGCUGAAGUUGAACCAGGAGGCGGACAGGGAGUUGAUCAAAAUGAAGCAAGAAAAUGAGUUGAUGAGGCUUGAGAACGAAGGCUUGGCAUUUGAACUAACAUGCCUGGAAAUGGAUGCUGAUUGCAAAUGA